AUGCAAGUUUACGUGCGUUAUCGAGAUACGGAAGCAACGUAUGAAUGGGUACAUGGUCGCAUACUACAUCAUCUUGAAAAUUCGACUUCUCGCGUCCUUGUACAGCUUCAUAACAGCGAGAAAACCAUUGAAGUCGAUGAAGUUCAAGAUGUGCGUAUGGUCAAUGAAUUAGCGGCUGGACAGAAGCUACAAGACGUGGAUAAUAUUGAUGUACUUACACAUUUGCAUGAACCUGCGUUCGUAGACUAUUUAGCACAGCGAUAUAGUGUCGAUAAAGUGUAUUGUAGAUCUGGUGCAGUACUGAUUGCUGUGAAUCCAUUCAAAGAGAUUCCAGGACUCUACGACUUGCAAAAGUUCCAUGACGAGAUGUCUAGUUGGACAUCACUACCGCCUCAUGUUUUUUCGAUUGCUGAAGGCGCGUAUCGAUCGCUUCGACGGCGAUUACAGCAGCCUGGAGAGAGGAAGAAGAAUCAGACAAUUUUAGUGAGUGGAGAGAGUGGCGCUGGCAAGACCGAAACGACCAAGUUUAUUAUGAAUUACUUGGCUGAAAAGAGUCGAGAGAUGGAAAUGACAAGUAGCAGCAGCGAGAGGAAGCGAUCGAUCAGCGGUAGUGAAUUGAUGAGUGCGAAUCCGAUUUUGGAGUGUUUUGGCAAUGCUAGAACACUGCGCAACGACAAUAGCAGUCGAUUUGGCAAAUUUGUACGUAUGUUCUUUGAGGGACACGAACUCGAUGCGUCAUUGAAGAUGGUGGGCACGUCGGUGGAGACGUAUCUUUUGGAGAAAGUUCGUGUGGUGCAUCAGAACGAUGGAGAACGCAAUUUCCACGUGUUUUAUGAGCUGCUUGCUGGUGCAAGUGAUGAUAUGAAGAAAAAGCUACAUCUUGAGAAUAUGUCAGUCGUCGAUUUUCAUUACAUUAAUGGAGGACAAUGCUUCCACAGAAACGAUGGCGUACGUGACGAUAAGCAGUUCCAAUUGGUGUUGUUGUCAAUGAAUGUGCUGGGGUUUACUGACAUUGAACAAGAAGCGAUUUGGAAAAUUUUGAGUGCACUGUUACAUCUUGGAAACGUUUUGUUUGUUUCUGCAAGCGAAGAUGAAAGUGCAGAAGAUAAUGAAACGGCAUCAGCACCGUGCCGGCUCGCAUCUGCUUCACCGUCUUUGCUUACGGUAGAGGAACACCUCGAUAUUGUGUCAAAAAUCUUUGCUGUGGAUCAGAAGGAAUUGGUCCUAGCACUAACGACGCGGAAAAUUAGCGUUGGAGGUGAAACUUUCUAUGCAAACUUGAGUCUCGCGCAAUGUGGAGAUGCCCGAGACGCAAUGGCCCGCUCAUUGUAUGCUUUUUUGUUUCAAUUUCUAGUCUCGAAAGUGAACUUUACCUCACCACAAGUGCAGCAGCUUACGAACACUGCAAUGAAAGAUGUUACUGCAAACACACCGUGCAUUGCGGUCCUGGAUAUCUUUGGCUUUGAAGAGUUUGAUGUUAAUCAGUUUGAGCAGUUUUGCAUCAAUUACGCUAAUGAGAAGCUGCAGUACCAAUUUAUCCAGGACAUUCUUCUGACUGAACAGAAAGCUCAUAUAGACGAGGGGAUAAAAUGGAACGCUGUGGGCUACGAAGAUAACGCAAUGUGCUUGGACAUGCUCGAGCAACGACCAAAUGGCAUUUUCUCACUAUUAGACGAGGAAUGUGUUGUUCCAAAGGGGAGUGAUUCAGGCUUUGCACGAAAGUUGUACCAGCGACUACAAGAUCACAGUAACUUUAGCGCUUCUCGGUCGGAUCAAGCUGAGUUUACGUUUCAAGUUCAUCACUAUGCGGGCAAUGUUCGGUACCAAUCCGAAGGAUUUUGCGAGAAAAACAAGGAUCAGUCCAAUGCAGAGUUGUUCAGCAUUCUGGACAAAACAUGUGAUGUACAUUUGCUCGAGCUCUUUAACUUUUUCAAAGCCAGCGAAUCAGCACAGCUUCAGCAGAGUCAGCCUAAACUGAGACGGCGGUCAUCAGUCCUCAGUUCCGUGGGUAUUGGUUCUCAAUUUAAGCAACAGCUAGCAAGUUUGCUGGAUGUCGUUCAGCAGACGCAAACACACUACAUUCGUUGCAUUAAGCCUAACGACGAGAGUGUAAGCAGUGAUUUCGAUAUGACAAAGGUGUCAGCACAAUUGCGUUACGGCGGCGUGCUCAAAGCGGUGGAGAUUAUGCGUCAAUCGUUUCCUGUGCGUAUGAGUCAUGUUGACUUCGUGAAGCAGUAUCACCUUUUGAUGGCAAAACCAGGUACCAAAUACAAGUCUGCGUCGGAAUGGACCGCUUCAGAUUUAUUAGCAAAGUUGAAGAUCGAUCAAGCUGAGCUUGGUAAAACUCGUGUGUUUUUGCGACAGCAGGCAUUUGAUCAGUUGGAAAAAAGUCGCGAACAUGCUCUUGCGGUGUCAGCAACAAGAUUGCAAUGCUCGUGGCGCAGCAGACAGCAGCGUCGCUUGUACAUUCGGCAACUGCGUGUGCUGUGGAGUAUUCAAGUGCGGUGGAAGGCUAUUUUGGAGAAGAAGCGUCGCAUUGCUCGACGCAAUCAAGCGGCAAGAAUACUUCAACACACCAUGCGCGUCUGGGUGCAAGGGGUCAAAAGCCAACGUCAUGAAAGUGCAUUGAUCAUUCAGCGAAAUUGUUUGAGAUGGCACCGUGUAUGCGCUACGUCGUCAAGGGCUAUUUCACUUCCUGAGACUUCAUUUAAAGCGUUGAGGUCAGAAGAAAACCCUGCUGAUACGUUGGACUACAGCGGCCGUGAAAGUGAGCUUACAGUUGAAACGCAAGUAGAAGACGACGCAUUAUCAACGGCAACAGCUUCGGUCGGGACAAGUGCAUACUCAGAGGACACCGACUUUUCACCUAUGGACUUGGUGCGAAAAGCUGCUCUUCGUGGUCGUAUGACUGCAUUCAGCGACGGAUCGGACAGUGAUAAUGCUAUGCUUAAGCAGGCAUUGAGAGAGGUUGAAAGACUUCGUCAUAGAGCAGAAGCUGCUGAAGCUGCACUGUCGCAUUUUGCUGACCUGGCCAUACAUGCAGAUUCUCUCUCCAAUGAUGUUAUGCCCAUUGUGACAUCUAGAGCAGCAUCGCAUGCAGGCGGACCGUUCAAUCUCUCGCAUCACGACCGUGGCGCACUCAACCGCUCCAGCCUUAGAAUUGAUCGAUACGGUAACACGGUUUUGCACCAGGCCAUAGAAGAGGGCAAUCUGGAGCUUGCAUGUGCUCUUCUGGUCAAUGAGGCAAGUGGAGCGCUUGACAUGUUGCAGCAGACCGAAACACAGCGUGGUUUCUCACCGCUACAUUUGGCUGUUCGCAGUGGUAACUUUGAACUCGUGAGUUUAUUUUUUCGUCCCGAGGUGUUGCCACAUGUCGACUUAAAUGUUAGCGACCGUGAGGGCAAUUCGGCACUGCACUUGGCCACGCAGCUUGAAGUGAAGUUUGCGUCUCGUGUGCUUGAACUCUUGCUCUGCUUUAGUGCGGAUGCAAAUGCAACAAAUUUGCUGAGACAAACGCCGUUGCAUCUUUGUGCCAUGAUCAAGCGCAGUGGUUCUACGACGUGUGAGUUAAUGGAGAUACUCUUGAGACACAAAGCGGAUUCACAGAAGGUGGAUUUUCUAAAGCGUUCACCUUUGCAUUAUUGCAUGGAGAAAGACAUGUUAGAUGAGGCCGUACUAUUGAUGAAACAUGGAGCAGAUAUGAAUGUACCUGAUGGUGAAGGAGUGCGUGUCAUAUCUGAUCCAAAAGCCACAAAUCUCUUGCGAUAUCUACGUGUGACCCCUUCUUGGAUCCCAGAUACUGAUAUCAGUGAGUCUCUUCGUGGAAUGGUCGCUAUUGCUUUGAUUGCAAACAUUAUGCCCAUUAUAACGGGCGUAUUUAACUUACGUGGACGUUUUGAAAUGCAGUCGCCUGAUUUCCAGAUUUUGUCUUCAAAUUUUGAAAAAAAGGAAAAAAAGGUCGUACCCAUUUUUCCUUUUGAGUACGAAAAGGAAAGACUAACGAAGCUGAAGCGAUUCGAGCCCCCCAAAGGACACGGCCUGGGCCACCAAGGAGCCCCAUAUAAUCAUAAGAAACGUAAGGAAAACAAUACCAUGGAAGUAACACAACAACUGGAAAAAGAUGCAGGUUUUAUGGAUAAAUACAGUCGUCAGAUUGGUGCUUUUGGGCUCGAGACCAUGGCUAAGCUUGUUAAACUUAAAGUCCUUAUUGUAGGAUUACAGGGUAUAGGUAUAGAAUGUGCCAAGAAUCUGAUUCUUGCAGGUCCCAACGCGAUUACUCUACACGACGAUGGGAUUACAGAGAUGAAAGAUCUAGGCACGAAUUUCUUCUUAACAGAGCAAGAUGUGGGUUCUCCACGUGCUUCUGCAGUCUUCCACAAGCUAGCAGAACUUAACAAGAUGGUGGCAGUGGCGUUACACAAGGGUGUACUUACUGAGAAGAUGGUAGCUAAGCACAAUGUCGUGGUUUUCUCACACACGAGCCGCCAGGAGCUUGUUCGAUGGAAUCAUUUUUGUCGCCAACAGUCACCGCCGAUUGGAUUUAUUGCGUGCGACAUUCGUGGUGCCUUUGGUUACGCAUUCACCGAUUUUGGUGAUGAGUUUAAAAGCUUUGAUGCCACGGGUGAAGCACCGAUUACUCGUAUUAUUACGGACAUUACAAACGAUAAGGAUGGAGUUGUGUCGAUUUUAGGACCCGAUGAAGACGGCAAGAUGCAUGAGAUGCCGGACUCGGACCAUGACGGAUGGAUUGAAAUUAGUGGCGUUCAGGGCAUGAAGUUGAAGAGUAACCCGAAUCAGUCCAUUAACACGAUGGGUUCGCGUCGUAUCAAGUUUGCAAACAAGAAGGUGUUCCGUAAUGGUAAGCAAACCGAAGUGUUUGAUGCAUACCGACUAAGCAUUGGUGACACGACGGAGUUUACUCCCUAUGAAGGUGGAGGCGUGUUUACGCAACACAAAAAGCCGUUCACGGUAAACUUUAAGUCACUGGAGGAAUCACUGGUGUCUCCUGUACCUGCAGAAGAGUUUGGACUAAUGUUCACGGAUGGAGCCAAGUUUGGUCGUGCAGAGCAGCUACACGUCAUCAUGUGGAGUCUCAUGGAGUUUGAAGAGCGUCACGGUCAGUACCCGAGGCCACAUAAUGACGUGGAUGCUGAUGAAGUUGUGGCAAUUGCUAAGCUGGGUAUUCAGCACCUUUCGGACUUUACUCGCGAAGGCGCUCAUCAACAGGAAGUGAUGCAGCUGGAGGAACUGGACGAAAAGUUAGUGCGACAGGCAGCUCUAUACUCUGCUGUUGAGCUGCAUCCUCUUGCUGCUUUCUUUGGCGGUGUCAUUGCUCAGGAAGUUGUCAAGUUUACUGGCAAGUUUACGCCACUGAAGCAAUGGCUGCACUUGGAUGCGUUCGAAGUGUUGCCUGAUGAGCGUCCACUAGACGCGGAGCCAAUUGGAUCACGGUAUGAUCACAUCAUAACGGCAUAUGGUCUGUCGUUCCAGAAGGAGCUAGGAAAUGUUCGCACGUUUCUAGUCGGAUGCGGUGCACUCGGAUGUGAGUAUUUGAAGAACUUUGCCAUGAUUGGUAUUGCAUGUGGUGAAAAGGGUCUUGUGACAGUUACGGACAAUGACCGUAUUGAAGUGAGCAACUUGAACCGUCAAUUCCUCUUCCGAGAGCACAACGUGGGCCAACCCAAGUCCGUAGCUGCUACCGCUGCAGUGCGCCAGAUGAACGGAGAUUUGGAAGUGAAGGCUCUUGAGCAUUUGGUGGCACCACAUACGGAAAACGUUUUCAAUGACGAGUUUUGGACUGACCUGGACGUAGUUACCAAUGCUCUGGAUAAUGUAAAGGCUCGCUUGUACGUGGACAGCAAGUGUGUUUUCUACAAGUUGCCUUUGCUGGAGAGUGGUACACUAGGUACGAAGUGCAACGUACAGGUGGUGAUCCCUUUCAAGACUCAGAGCUACGCAGAUGGCCCGAAGGAUGCUGAAGGUGACGGGAUCCCGAUGUGCACGCUCCGAAACUUCCCAUCUCUUAUUGAGCACUGCAUAGAGUGGUCGCGCGCGCAGUUUGAAGAUCUCUUUGUGGUGCCUUUCGUCGAGGCUAAGAAGUUUGUGGACAACCGCGCAGCUUAUUUGAAUCAAGUCAGGAAGGCUACUUUGGAAAACCCGAACCCGAAGCUCGUUUCAGCGGCAAUUGUGCAGGAGCUCGAGCGUCUUCGCAAUCUGCGUGCCACCUUGCAGACUGCGAAGGGUAUCACGUUCGAAAGGUGUGUCGAGUUGGCGUUUGAGCUCAUGACGUCGCGCUUUCGUGACCGUAUUCUGCAGCUUAUUCACAAUUUUCCUGAGGACCAUCUGACUAACUCUGGAGAGAGGUUUUGGUCAGGCGCCAAGCGUUUUCCUCAAGCAGUGGAAGAAUUUGACCCAGAAAACCCGUUGCAUCUGAACUUUAUACGCGCCACUGCCAAUGUUUUGGCUGUUUGCUACGGACUUCAGCCACCUCCUGAGCAGAAGCUGGUUUCUGCUGAUUUUAAGUGGCGUGAUGCGUCCCUGUAUGCAGAGCUUGGUAGCAAAUACGUUCCGCCGGUUUGGAAGCCGUCGAAUGAAAAGAUUGCUGUUACGUCGGAUCAAAUUAAGCGUUUGGAGCAGGAGAGAAUCAAGAGCUCGAACGACUCGGACAAGAAUGAACUUAUGGAACUGAUGCGUGAGCUUAAAGCGUUUAAUGUUUCGGGUGUGUCGUUCGAGCCGGCGGAUUUCGAAAAGGAUCAGGACAUGAAUUUUCACAUUGAUUUCGUUUACGCAGCGUCAAACUUGCGGGCCUUUAACUACCGCAUUGGCGGUGCGCCGCGCCACAAAUGCAAGAUGAUUGCAGGCAAGAUCAUUCCGGCUAUUGCUACUACAACUGCAUCGGUGACCGGCCUGGCAAUGCUGGAAAUGCUGAAACUCAUGCAGCGCAAGGAGCUGGCGGCUUUUAAAGACUCAUCCAAUUCGUUGGGACUGAACAUGUACUUAAUGCAGGAACCAGCGACGCCAGCUCGUGCUAAAGACGAGUAUGAUGUGGUGGAGAUGUCGGAGGUUAAGUGCAAGCCCCCUGGGUUCACCAAGUGGGACUCCACUGUCAUUGAGCUGUCGUCUGAUUCAACUCUAGAGGAUUUCCUAGCUCAAUUCAAGGAAAAGACGGAGCUUAAUUGCGACUUGCUGUUUCACAGUGUUGCAGAAAUGGGCAACACCAGCGCAGUGGAUAAGGAUUUGCGUUAUCGAUCUGUCAGCGGUUUAAUGCUUUACGACCGCAACGCCUAUGGCAAGGCACUAAAGGAUCUUUAUGCAAGCCAGAUGACGAAGCCUUUGCGAGCCUUUGUGGAGUCGCGUUACGAAGGACUCGUGGAUUGUAGCCGCAAGUACAUUGAGCUGCAGAUCUCGUGCUCCGAUGACGCUGAGAAUGUGUACAAGGUGCCGACGGUCAUUUGCAAGUUCAGCUGA